GUCUGGCCAAAAGUUUAAAGGAUUUUUAUGAGAAAAAAUUCCACUUUUACGGGACAUUUAUGCACUUAAACCAUGGGAAACCUGUACCGAGAUACUUCAGGACAUGUGGUUUCUAUUCCAUCCAAGUACAAAACGAUGACGGUCAUUAAUAACUCAGAGAAGAAAGGAUUUUGCUCCCAGACAAAGAGAUUCCCCUCACAGCACCGACCGACUGAAAACCCAGGCCCAGGAAGCUACAACUACAACUUCUCGAAUAUUGAUGUGAAUUGUCCCUCUUUCUCCACCAAAGGAACCACUGGAUUUGUUGUGCCAUCUAUGGGUCCCAGGGUCCUCUCCCACCCUCUGAGACAUGUCCCUGGACCAAACGCCUACAAUCUACAGAGCUCCUUGAUAAACAAAUGUGACUUUAACACAGGAGUGUCCAGAGUGUUCAGAGCACCAGUGGCAGUUCAACCGAACACACCCAAGAACAGUAACCCUGCUCCAAACCAGUACGAUGUCCAAAAUGGUGUCAGUCAAAGAUUUGGUCCCCCUGGUUCUUCUGCCUUCAUCUCUAAAACUAAACGUGACCCGUACAGAAUCAACAAAGACCUGCCAUCACCAUGUCAUUAUUACAUAGAGGAUGACUUCCAGCGCGUGUCCAAGGCAGUUCUCUCUCCAUUCAGGUCCAAGACUCAGAGGCUGUCAGGUCCAAAGGAUAAUCUGGUCCCAGGACCAGGCGCUUACAGCCCACACCAGAGCCCCGCCCCCACGAGGAGGAGCCACCUGCAUCGCAGAAGUGUGGUGCUGCUCUCUGCUGCUCCUCUGGCUGUGCCCAAACCUGCUCCGACCCCCGGCCCCGGACACUAUGAUGUGUCUAUGAACCUCUGCUCCAAACUCUCUGUCCCCUCAGCCGCCUUCGCCUCCAAGACCCAGAGAAGCACUCACAUCAGAGGAGUUGAUGCCCCAGGGCCAGGUUUCUAUGACCCCCACCUGAGCACAAAGCAGUCCUUCUUCUACAAUGACUCAAGGAUCUGGCUCCCGGUUUGAACCAGACAAACUCCAGCAGGAAUCAGCUCUAAAACUUCAAUAAAACAAAGAGUGAGGCUCCUGUGGUGCACUGUCUGAACCGAGACUGGUUUUCUAUAUAAUAGUAUUUAAACGUAAAAUGGUGAAUCACACAUGACUUUCAACUCUGUCAUAUUCCUCUUAUAUCUGACUCUAAAAAAAGACAUCUAAAACCAU